AUGUGUUGGCCAAAGCGUAAUACUACCCAGAACGUUGGGUAUCAUCGGCAGGAGUGCGAUGCACAAAAUGGGGAGGUCAUGCGAAAUUUAUGCAGACGAAUGAGGCUGAGUGUCUCUUGCGGACUUAAGGCCAAGCUUAAGGCUAUCGUAAUUCUGAAUAGAAUUGAUGGUAAGGUUAGACGUGGGUAUUUGAGGCUUGAGAAUGAGUUGUUGCCACAUUGGAAUGAUUCCACUCAUAUUGAGCUUGAGAUUAUUCUCUGGUUGGAGCAGGAGAGAUUCUCGACUUUCGUGCCGUCAGAUUCGUGGUAA